AUGGACACCGUCGCUGAAGUCCUCUGGUGCUCAGUCAGCCCAGCAGAGUCCCCCAGAACCAAAGACGAAACAGAGACGGAAAUCGGUUCUCUUGGCGCGAAUACCUACCAGUACGUCACCUGUCUUUGGAGUGUGCAGGUGGUAUCAAACAAUGCAGCCAAAGAACGCGAUAAUUUGAGGAUGCUCCGCCCGCGCCGCGAGGAGGAGGACGAUGGCGUUGGAAUGUCUUGCGGAAUGGGUGCGCGCAGGUACCGCUACGUGCUGUGUGGUAUCAAGGGGUCUUGGCUGGAGGACAGUGUUGCCUUUGAGCGUCAGAUGGAGUAA